AUGAAAGAUGUGGGCAGCGCUCGGACGCCCAGACAGAGGGAACCGCCCCGGGAGAAGGGUUGGGGGGGAGAGCGGGUGGGUCCCCCGCGCGACGGCCCCGCAGGGCUCAAGGCUGCUCCGUCUCCCCCCCUCCCCCCCACCCGGCUUCCGUCCCCGCGGCCGCUUUCUCCUCAGCCGCCGCGGCCGCUUUCUCCUCAGCCGCCGCCUCCUCAGCCGCCGGUGCCGCCGCGGCCGGACUCACCUCCCCUAGCAAAGCCGGAUAGAGCGGAGCCAGCGUCGGACACGCGCAACCAGCCGCCGAGGCCCCGCCCCCGCCUUGCACGGACCGGCUGCCCUAGCCAAUCCACGCCCACCUGCCCGCUACCGCCUCCAAUCCUGGGCCAGGAGCUUCAGACAGGCGCACUGUUUGGCCAGUGGCAACAAGGAGCAGGAAGCUGCGUGCUAAUCCCGCCUGCAAAAGCUGGAAGAGAGGGGCGGAAUGAAAGAACCAAUCAUGAGCCAGAGACGAAGAACAGAGUAACCAAUCCUUGGGUUGAAAAUAAAGUGGGAUGGAACCUGGGCCAGAUAGACACUGGAAAAAACAAAUGGAAAAAAAAGAUUGAUGAGCUGAGCAUGAUGAACGAGAAGUCGGAAGUGAGUCAGCAGGAUAGCACUUAGAGCCUAAAAAAGCAAGCAGGAC